AUGAGAGGCGCAGGAAUUCGUAUGCUACUCGUAGCAAUGCUCCCCCUUCUGAUACAGAAAAACGAAGUUGACAAUUUGCAGCUCUAUGCCAAUGAAGUGAAUUCCUCCUCCGAUCCUCUGAAGGGAUCAGCCAAUUCGGCGGCGCCCACCAACAAUGCAUCCAACCAAGGUGUACCAAAGAGCAUGCUAGAUAACAACACACAAUUUAAUGAGUCGUUAAAAGAAUUUUUAAAGGGAACUAAUUCUGCAGAAGGAGGCAGCGGAAACAGUAAUCCCUUCCAAGGGGAAUCACUCCUGGGGGAUGGAAUUUUUGGAGAUUCGUUCGUGGAGGAAAACAAAGAAUUUAUUAAGAAGCAGAUCUUGUCGGAUCUCUAUGGUAAAUUCAUCAUAGAUGUGGUAAACAAUAAUACUGUAUCGUUUUUGGAUAACCUGAGUGCAGACAAGUCAGGCAACAGCGAGUUCCAGAUCGAAUUGGAGGAGAGCUGCUCUCCGUUCUUUUGUGAGAAGGUGAUGAAGGCAAAGGAGGUAGAAGGCUCCAUGGCGAAGACGCCCGACGCAAGUGCAGUUAACGGGGAUAGCAUGGCCAACGGGGUCGACUCAGUCAACACGGCCAUCCCUGCCAGUGGCCUCAGCGAUGAGAAGGAAAUCAAGCUACACGAUGGAAGUGUAAACGGUCAUAUGGAUGGGCUCGACGACUUGGUGAUGAAUCUAGACGCUGUGAACAGCGCCGCGGAAAGCGCCAACCAAAGUGGAUCUGAGCAGGCCGACGUCGAAGGUAUAUUCACUCGAACCGUAGAUGGAAACGAAGAAAAGCAGAAGAUCGUGCUCACCGAUGGAGACAACGUAUACGUAUUGGAGGAAAUAACACAUGGAACCGACUCUCCAUUCAGUGAAGAAGAGUUAAAUAAGCAAAAAGUAGAACAGGAAAUAAAAAUGCAUGUACCUAGCGAGACGAAUGAAUUGGAAUCGGAAAAAAAUAGAGACCUACUAGAGGAUAUGAUGAACUAUUCGGACUCCAUUUUGGACGAUAUAUCUGGUCCAGUGAAUAACGUACAGACGGAUUCAGCAAAAGGGAUCAAGGAACAUGACCUUAUGAAAGAUGCAUCCAAUACCUCUGAAUCGUUAUCGUCAGAAGAAGUGAAUAAUAUCAGCGAAGAUAUUUUUACAAUGAAUGAGGAAGAGCUCUCCAAGAAAAUUCUGGACGACAUAAAAAUGAACGGAGAGGAUAAGGUCGAGUGCUACACCAUGUCCAAUGAUGAAAAAAAAUGCAACAGCUACAAAAAGUGUACCUACGUUAACAUUGAUAAUAAGGAUACCUGCUUUCUGGACUACAACUACAUGCUUUUCUUAAAGAAUAACAAUUGCUCUCUGCAACCUAAGUCGGCUCUCCUCUCCAUCUCGAAGGACCUUCUUAAGAAUGAAAUUAUCAACCGACAAAUGUUCCAACUUCUCCGAAACAGUAACAACAACAACUUCAUCUGCGACACCAUCACCUACUCUUUCCUGACGAACGUCGUGGACAACACCAACUACGAGGAAAUAUUCUCCUGA